GAGACGAAAAGCAAAUAACAAUAUUAUCAUAAUUUGAAUCCAAAACGUAGAACAGUAAACUAGCAAAGGGAAUUUAGUACUGCGUUCUACAGUUUGUUACAAGGCUUAUCAUCAAAAACACCGUCAUGUCGCCGAAGACUGGUUUUUUAGAUUCGCUUGUACGACAUUCCUGAAAAUAACGUCGAACUGAACUAGAAAUCCAAAAAUCAUGUCUGGUGAAGAUCAAAUAGAGUGUCCACUAUGUAUGGAUCCUCUGGAAAUAGAUGAUAAAAAUUUCUUCCCUUGUACAUGUGGUUAUCAGAUAUGCAGAUUUUGUUGGCAUAGAAUAAGAACAGAUGAAAAUGGGUUGUGUCCUGCAUGUAGGAAGCAAUACCCUGAAGACCCUGCAGAAUUCAAACCACUCACAGAGGAUGAAUUACAUAGGAUAAAGAAAGAAAAGAGACAGAAAGAUCUACAGAGGAAGCAGAAAGCAGCUGAAAACAGAAAACAUUUAGCAAAUGUUAGAGUUGUUCAAAAAAAUCUUGUUUUUGUUGUGGGUCUAUCUCAAAGGUUAGCAGAACCUGACGUAUUAAAAAAGCAUGAAUAUUUUGGUAAAUUUGGAAAGAUCCACAAAGUUGUCAUUAAUCAAAGCACAUCUUAUGCAGGGGCCCAGGGUCCAAGUGCCAGUGCAUAUGUAACAUACAACAGAUCUGAAGAUGCUCUGAAAGCUAUUUUAGCAGUCAAUAACGUUCAUGUAGAUGGUCGAACACUGAAAGCAUCACUGGGCACAACAAAGUACUGCAGUCACUUUCUCAAAGGAGCGCAAUGUCCUAAAUCAGAUUGUAUGUAUUUACAUGAGUUAGGGGAAGAGGCAGCAAGUUUUACAAAAGAAGAAAUGCAAAUGGGUAAACAUCAAGAAUAUGAACAGAAAUUGUUAGAACAGUUUAUGAAUUCCCAAAAUUUAGCAAAUAACCAUGUAACAUCCAGUAAAACUAUAACUUCAAGUAGGAAAAAAUCCUCGUCACCUGUCACAGUUGAACAGUCAUCUCCACCCCAACAGUCAACACUACUCCAGCAAACAACAGAACUGCAGUUCCUCUCAACAGGGUCCUCUUCCUCCUCUUCUUCCUCUUCUUCCUCCUCUUCCUCUUCAGCUUCUUCCACUUCCUCUUCUCUGGUGGUGGGAUCUGGUUUAGCAGCCAGUCAGCAACAAGCAGCACUCAAUGCAAGCAAAGAUGUCUGGCCAGUUCUGAACAGUGGUGGUGGUACAAGCAGUGCGACUACUGUUGGAACCACAAUAGUAGGGAGUAAUGUCACACCAGUUGGCAGCAAAGCAACCAGUGCUGAGAGACUCCUCAAUGGUAACAAAGUGCCCAACACAACUAGACAUCAUACUCACAGACCAAGCACACCAACCAAACAGAACAAAUGUCUUAGAGACAAACGAGAUCCUGAUAAAUUAUCAAUGGUAGAAAAUUACAGUAAUGGUUCAAUUGAUUCCCCAAAUAUUCGGGUUUCAACAUCGUCGUCCUACUCAGCACCAUCGCCAACUUCAGCAGUCCACAUGAAUGAUGCAUUUGCUACCGCAAUGAAUCCAUCUCUAACACUUAUGGGCAUAAACCAGGUAUCACGACAAGUGCUGGAAAAAAGGAAUGCAGACAGUCUUUCAUUUUUCAGUGGUAAUGGCUUCUCUAGUGGCAGCGAGAGGGAGACAACAAAAAAUUCCGCAAUCCAGCAUUCUACGGGAAUCCCGGAGUCCUUACCUUCUCUGGAAAUCCCAGACACAAUUCCAGUAACAAGUGCAACUGACUGGCAAGCAGCAUUUGGAUUUGCACCAAAGAGUGUUGAUUAUCAAGAUGAUGAUCUUGGUUUCGAUCCUUGGAAUGAAUCUUCAAAAGCAUUAGCUGAUCUCAUGGAGAAGGAGAAUGGCAAUAGAGAUAUCAGGGAAAACCCUAACAAAUACCUGCACCACCACCACCCACAUCUCCACCACCCACAACAACAACCACAACACCCACCAACACCGCCACAGCAACAACCUCAGCAGCAGACUUUGAAUAUUGCACACCAAGCUUAUAGAAAUAAUAUGCGGCCCCCAAUCCACACUCCAAACAUACCACCAGGUUUCUCUAUAGGUCAUUUACAACAGCUGCAGCAGCAAAUAAAGCAGCAACACCAUCAACAGCAGCAGCAGCAGCAACAACAACAACAACAGCAACAGCAGCAGCAGCAGCAGCAACAACAACAACAGCAGCAGCAUCAACAGUUACAUCAACAGAUGUUCCGACAAGAAUUCAAUAGUGGCAAAGUGGUGGAAUAUAUUUACAACCAACCAAAAUUACCUCAACAGCCUGUGCAGAAUUCUUUUCAUACAGUCUUACCAGAAAUGCAUCUCCAGGGUAAAGAGCAGCUGAUGCAAAACAGUUCACAACACGAUGGUUUUCAUCUGAAAGAUCUACAAGAUGGCUUGCGGGCCUUAUUGCCAAAUAUCAACAUAAGCUUUGGUGCAUCUCCAUCCCAACCACCUCCCCCACAGCAGCAGCCCUCCUCCUCUACACCGUGUACCGUACAACAGUCACAAAAUAACCCUACUCAAAAAAUUAUUAAUUUUACAGGUAAUUUCUCACAUAUGCCAGAUAAUCCACACUGGAUGAAAUCCAUCCAACAACUGACAGAAUUUGAUUCACAAGGUCACACACACAGGCCUUUUGUACAGCAUUUUCCGGUUAGAGGUGCUGGCUGGGUACCACAGACUCACAACCCUCCACCAGGCUUUCAUACACAGAUCCGACCCCCAACUCAGACUACAGAACCACAUAAGAUGACUGAGGGUUUACAAUGAGAGACUUUGGUGCCGGACCUUACUACAUACCCAGUGUGCUUUCUGCCUGUUUUCUUUGUUAAAGAUGCAAUCUUAGCAGUUUCUACUUCACACACAGAUGCCACACCCAUCAGCCAGAGGGGGAUCGCUCUCAUCCUCCACUCUCAACUUUCUUCAGUUUAACAAGGAAAUUGGAAUAUUUUAAACAUUGGUUUGAAUUCCACUCAAGUAUAUAUACUAUAAUUUUUUUUUUGUUUUGGGGUUUUCUCAAUCAGAUUAUAUCUCUCUCUCCCUCUCUCAAUCUUUGGUUCUUUCUUUAUCUCUUUCCUUCUCUCUCUUUCUUUCUCUAUAUAUAAAUAUAUGACUAAUUAAGAAUUUUAUUGAAAUAUUUUUUUCUAGAAUUUGGUAAUUUGAAAAAAAAUAUAACAGCGAGGCUGUCUUGUUCUUGAAUUACUCUCUUGCUAUCUCUGUCUACCCUUCUUUAGCUCUGUCUCUGUAAUCCUCUCUCUCUCUCACCUUAGCUCUAACUGUCUCUGUAGUUUUUGCUGCCUCUGUGUAGCUCUGUCUCACACAUAUAUAUAUAUAUACACACAUAUAUAUAUACAUAUA